AUGCCGAUUGAAAUCGUGUGUAAAAUCAAAUUUGCCGAGGAGGAUGAGAAGCAGAAGGAGAAAGAAGAAGGGGAUAAGGAGAGCCUGAUCGAGGAGCCCGCCCGGCCCCGCUCCCGGGACCUGGCUGCCUUCGCCAGUGCCAGCACGCUGCACGGCCUGGGACACAUCUGCCGGUCGGGGCGGCUGGGCGUGCGCCAGACCCUCUGGGCGUUCGCCUUCCUGGCCUCGCUCGCCUUCUUCCUCUACCAGGCAGCCAAGUCGGCACUGCUUUACCUGGAGCACCCCCACGUCAUGGCCCUGGACGAGGAGGCCAUCCGUGAGAUGGUCUUCCCCGCCAUCACCAUCUGCAACAUCAACCGCUACCGCCACUCGGCGCUCACCGAUGCCGACAUCUUCCACUUGGCCAACAUGACCGGGCUGCCCCCCAAGGACCGGGAUGGCCACAAGGCCACGGACCUGCUCUACCCCGACCCUGACAUGGCUGACAUCGUCAACCGCACUGGCCACCAGCUCGAUGACAUGCUCAAGAGCUGCAACUUCAGCGGCGAGAAUUGCUCAUCCCGUGAUUUCACUGUGGUCUACACACGCUACGGUAAGUGCUACACCUUCAAUGGGGACCGGAGGAACCCACGAGUGACCCGCCAAGGCGGCAUGGGCAACGGGCUGGAGAUCAUGCUGGACAUCCAGCAGGAAGAGUACCUGCCCAUCUGGAGAGAGACCAAUGAGACGUCAUUCGAAGCUGGCAUCCGAGUCCAGAUCCACAGCCAGGAUGAGCCGCCCUACAUCCAUCAGCUGGGCUUCGGUGUCUCGCCCGGCUUCCAGACCUUCGUGUCCUGCCAGGAGCAGCGGCUCACCUACCUGCCGCAGCCGUGGGGGAACUGCCGGGCCAGCGUGCAGGGGGAGCAGAUGCUCCCCGGCUACGACACCUACAGCAUUGCUGCCUGCCGCCUGCAGUGUGAGAAGGAGGCUGUGGUGCGGAGCUGCCACUGCCGCAUGGUCCACAUGCCAGGCAACGAGUCCAUCUGCACCCCCAACGUGUACAUCGAGUGUGCUGACCACACGCUGGGUAGGUGCGGCGGUGGGCGGGCAGACCGCUGCAGCUGCCCCACGCCAUGCAACCUGACGCGCUACGGCAAGGAGAUCUCCAUGGUGCGCAUCCCCAACAAGGGCUCGGCGCGCUACCUCGCCCGCAAGUACAACAAGAACGAGACCUACAUCCGGGAGAACUUCCUGGUGCUGGACAUCUUUUUUGAGGCACUCAACUACGAGGCCAUUGAGCAGAAGAAAGCCUACGACCUUGCUGGGCUUCUCGGGGACAUCGGGGGACAGAUGGGCCUGUUCAUUGGCGCCAGCAUCCUCACUAUCCUGGAGAUCCUGGACUAUGUCUACGAGGUGAUCCGGGACAGGGUGAGCCGGGUCCUGCGCCGCUCCAAACCACCCCUGAAGAAGCCCUCGGGCAGCAUUGCCACGCUGGGACUGGAGGAGCUCAAGGACCAGAGCCCCUGCGAGACGCUGGGCCGGCACAUGGAGGGCGCCUACAACGCGGGCAUCCUGCCCAACCACCAUCACCGCCACCACUACCCUCACCAGGGCGUCUUCGAGGACUUCGCCUGCUAG